AUGGCCGUGUCCAAGCGCGAGGGCGCCGCGGCCACGAGGGAGCAGCUCUCUUGGCGCACCCAGCAGGGCCACCCCACGCCCAGGUGCGGGGGGACUCAGACCUGGGAAGAGGCGGGCGCGGUGGCGCUGGAAGGCGCGGGCCCCGGCGAGGGCAGAGCGAGCGAGCACCGCCCCGACGCGCCCAUGCUGCAGAGGCAGCGGCGCUUCCCGCGCAGGCUCGGCGACCAGAGCCUGAUCAGGAUGCAGGCAGACCGGGCGCACCGCAUCCAGGAGAGAGCCUACUCCCGCAAGUUCCGCCUGGUGCUGGCGGGCGCGGGCUCGUGGAGCCACCUGGUGGCCUUCGUGCCCGAGCGCAGCGCGCCGUUCCUGCCCUUCCGGAUGCCGGCGAUCGUGCUGUGCCCGGAGAUGCCCCCCGCGGAGGUGUUGGAUGUACUGGAGCUGCAGACGACGGACGACGAGCUGGCCGUGCUCAUUGGCAGCAUCAGCGACAGGGGCAACCUCCUGACCGCCGGGAUAGCGAAGUCCAGCAUCGUCGUCUGCCUCGGCCAUGGCCAGCACACCGCGGCGAGCGAGUCCUCCGCCGCCCUGCUGGACUCCGACGUAGUCACCCUGUACAGGAUCGUCAGCCAGCUGGCGCCGCCGACCUGCGACAUGGUCUUCGAGUUCCGGCGCGCCCGGAGCUUCCGGCUACUGCCCCGCGAGAAGGGGCCUGCGGAGGAGGUGCGGCGGACGCCCACGCUGGCCACGCCCCAGCGCCAGGCGGGGUUCAGGCGCGGCCUGGACUGGCUCCCAGGCGAGCCCGAGCCGGCGCACCUCGACCCGCGCUUCGCCUCGGGCCGGGCCUUCGCCCCGCAGGUGCUGGGCGCCCUUUUCGCGCGCAGCUUCCACACGCCCGGCAUCCUCGAGGUGAUGGAGGCGCUCGUCACGCACAGGGCCGAGGCCACGCGCGCGGGCGAGCUCGCCGAACUCAUCUGGCUCGUGAAGCUCUGGCCGGAGUGCGCCGGGCAGACGUGCGGGGACCUGUUCUGCGCGCGCCUGUUCGAUGCCAUGCACCCUGCCAUACUCCUGGGCAAGGGCUCCCACGAGGGCGCGAAGUUAUUCGCGCUUCGCGCUUCGCGGUCCUCGUUCCUUCUCCCCCUCCUCCUCGUCCUCCUUUUCUCCCUUUGGGGGGGCGGCGCGAGGGCGCGAAGUUGUUCGCGCUUCGCGCUUCGCGGAGCGCGAAGCGCGAAGUUGGGAGCCCUAGCCUGGGCAUCUGCAGGAGCUGCCACGGGAGCACCUCGCUGGGCAACGGCGGCUUCGUGUGGACGACCCCCCCGAAGGAGACGCGCCUCGAGCGCAGCGACACGGUCUACGUCCUGGCGAACGAGGACUUUGGCCGGCUGGCCCACACGUCGAACUUGUUGCCGCACUCGCCAGCUGGCAUUGCCAGCCUUCUGCUGA